AUGAAGCCUCAUGGGUGCCUUUUUAUCCUGAUUAUUUAUCUCACUGACAGUAGGGAUACUGUGUCAGUUACGGCUUGGUGCCAAGUUGGAGAUGAGGAUGCCAGAGACUUUAAGGCUUUUGCUAGAGGACCCUUUGCUGUGCGUUUCCACUCUCCAUACACAGUUGUUUCAGACUUUGCGCUACUCUUGCACCAUACCUGUCCUCGGGAAGCUGUCCACGAGCUUGACCUGCUGUUUGAAGUAUGCAUGGAGCUAAUGCAAUGGUGGAAAACGGAGAACGUGAUGGUGCUGGGAGACCUGAAUGCAGCUGGUGCCUACAUCCCAACGAACGCAUGGGCAGGGAUUCGCCUGCGCAAUCACCCUGCCUUCCAUUGGCUCAUCAGUGACAAAGAAGAUACCACCGUCAGCCACCGGACCUGCUGCUCUUAUGACAGGUACUAAAUUGCAGCUUCCAAGUUCAGCCAUCUGCUUUCUCCAAAAUGUUUUCUUCAUCCCACAAACAGUACUAUCAUUGUCAGCCUUUGAGACAAGUGGCCAAUAAUCAGGAACAUGGUAGGGCUGCUGUAUGAAUUAAAGUGUGUAAUCUAUUGAAUUGAGGAACAGUCAGAAAUGCAGUCAGAAUACUUCUGAAUCCCUUCCCCAGCCAGGUCUUCCAGUCCUCCAGGAAUGCUGUAAGUUCCUGGCUCCUGACACAAAUUGGCCACCUGUACAGUACCCCAAUCAUCUUGCUGAAACCUGGUACCAGAGCCCAACUGACACUGUCCUCCUCACAGGAUCAUUGUCCAUGGAGAAGAAUUACUCUCUGCUGCUGUGCCCGGAUCAGCAAAGCCAUACAAUUUCACACAGGCGCUUGGACUGUCUGAAG